AGGCCGUAACAUACGUACCGAGGCCCAGCACAGGCAAAUGCCACUACGACAAUCUCCACCACCAAUCACGAUGGCGAUGCUGACGCCGCCUCUCGCCGCCGUCGUCCUCGUCCUCCUCCUGCUCGGCUCGGCCGCCGCGUCUGCUCCGCCUCCGCCGCCGUGCAGCCGCUCGUGCGCGAGCCUCAACUGCGACUCGGUGGGGAUCCGGUACGGGAAGUUCUGCGGCGUGGGAUGGAGCGGGUGCGAGGGGGAGGAGCCCUGCGACGACCUCGACGCCUGCUGCCGCGACCACGACUACUGCGUUGAAAAGAAAGGUCUGAUGAGUAUCAAAUGCCAUGAGAAGUUCAAAAACUGCAUGAGGAAAGUGAAGAAGGCAGGCAAGACUGGGUUCUCCAUCAAAUGCCCAUAUGAACUGGCUAUGGCGACGAUGACUCAAGGAAUGGACAUGGCGAUCAUGCUCAGCCAGUUGGGCAGCCAGAAGCUGGAACUUUAGCCUGAGUCUUUCUUACAGGAUAGCCCCUAAUACAUUGCUUGGUUGAAGAUACUGUAGCUUCAUUAUUCUUUGCAAAAUUGCAUUGUUUUGGACAGCCACAAAGAUAGUUGUAGGUUGCUGUGCUACUUACAGCAUAGAGUAUUGUAGGAUAUCCUGCCCAGCAUUUCUGUAAACAGAGUUUCCAUGUAACAGAAUCAAAAUCACAUCAAUCUCCAAUUUUGAGUAUAUUCCUACACAUCA